CUUUCCUGACAAAAUUCGUGUUGUUUCGUUCUGUUUUUUGUCAAAUUUUUUUUGGUCAAAAUGUUAACAGAUAUUAUUGGGGAAUACUACCCAGUAGUCUCCGUUUCAAUCACUGUUCUCAUACUAUUGGCCCUAUUGCAUUACGGCGAUCGUGUUGCAAGUACACUAGCAAUACCUAUACUAAAAAAAACAACAAAAAAGGAAGAAGGCACCACCGUAACAGCAAUAAAAACAACAACGGCAACCGGAAGAAUGAACAACAAAAGGCGGAGAGGCGUUUCGGCCAUGCAGUACCGCAGCGCUGCCACCAGAGACAACAACGACAACAACCAACCCAGGAGCAAGAGGAGCAAAAGUUGCAUCAACAUGGGAAACUCACAAAAUCGAGCGGCAAACAGCUAUGAAAAGUCACCGCCAGGUGGCGGCAGUCUAGUGCGGAUGGGAGUGGGCGGCACCAGCGGCAUUACCCGGGAAGUGGGCGAUGUGGGUGGUGUGGGCGUGGCCCUGAUUGAACGCCGGAGCAGUCGAAUGCACGUUCUGAGCCGUUUUGUGGGACAGAAAAGGAUUCGCGAGGCAUUCCUGGCUUCACCAAAACCGAAAACCAAACCUGGCUUCACCAAAACCCGAUCGGAGGGCAGUCUGGUGGCCAGGGAUGGAAGCGGGGACUGGACCACACCGGAAGCGGAAGUGGAAGUGGAAGCGGAGCAGGGACAAUUGGAUAACGGCGCCGAACAAAUAGAUUUUCCGCCCGCCAAACCUCCGCGUUUGAAAAAGCUUAGGUCCUUGCAAUUGGAAACGGAGGAUCGUUGUAGUUUUGGCCAACUGUGUCACCUGACAAAUAAAUCUAAAGACGAUCAGGACAAUGUAUUGGAGGCCGAGUCCUUGGGGAUUCUGUCCAUUGAGGAGCAACACCAAUCGUUGCAGGAACCCCCACCGACCACCAAGCAACCUCGAAAGAGACGCAUUGCACCCCAACCCCCACCAAAGCCUCCACCGAAACCCAAGAAAAAAUCUCUAAAAAUCGAGGAGGAUAUCCACGAAAAUGAUGAUCACUGUGCGUUUAUUGAAAAGCUUUUUGCAGCAACAUCUGAAAAAGUGGCAACAGAAGCAACCAAUAUUGUUGCGGAUCCCGUCCCGGAAAUAGCCGAACCCAAACAGUAUCUAAAUGCAGCUAAGAACGACCUCGUCCGGAUUCCACAAUCAAAACGCGAUCGUCCACUGAGCGAAAUAAGUGUGACUUCAGUGGACACUUGUUCGCCGAGUACAGCCGAGGGGGUUCACGAAUUGCAGCAACGUUGUGUCAAGGAUAAGUUGGCCUGCUUGAGUAUAUCACAGGUGUACCGCUUAACCAUAGCCAAUGACCUGCAGGAGGUUGAGGAAGCCCAGCCGGCCAUAUUGCUCAGCUCGGAUCUAUUGGUAGCACCGAUUAGCCCGGCGGAGAGUUCGCCGGACGAACUAAUGGCUUUGCAGUUGGGCAAGAAGCUGGCGCAAGUCCUGGGUAGUGGCACUGGAUCACCCUUGACCCCAAGAAAUAUGGAGGGUGGAUCUGGAAAUCGCGUGGACUCACCGCUGGGAAAUGGGGAGUUAUUCAACGUCUCCAAGGCGAAAAAGGUGGAGUUGCAGAAUCUGUCAUCCAGAUUUACGGCAGCCGUCAGUCAAACGUCAGGUGUUGCAACCCCAAUCGAAUCAGGAGCGUCAGGACUUUUAGGAAAUGCUGGAGGAGCCGCGCCAUCGUCGCUGGAAACGCAAUCAACUGUUAUAAUUUCGUUUAAAUCAUCUCAAACACCUGUGCAGUCUCAAACGAAUUCUGCAGCACCGCCAGCAGUGGUACUCGCUACUGACAAUGUCGAGGAUGACACGGCGCCCCUGCCACUGCCACCGCCGCCCCCGGGCUUUGGUACACCCACCACGCCCCUUUUGUCGAGCAAUGUGCUAAAGAAGGUCGCCAGCUUCACGGUCGAGAAGUCUUCGGUGGGCAAUAGCAGUAGCUCCAAUUCGCAAUCCAAUCCCCCGAUUCUGAGUGAGGAGACAACGCUCUUGGCCACGCCGACUUCGUCGUUGGCGGCAGCAACCCUGCCGGAAGUUCCGGGGGGCGUGGCUGUGACAGGGGCAGGGGCAGCAGUAGGGGCUGGUUCGCGACGCGGCUCAUCUUAUGUACCGGAAAAGUUAAGCUUCGCUGCAUAUGAAAAGUUCGAAGGUCAAAUGCUGAUGAAAUGGAUUAUCUCAACGAUGCAAAACAACCCAAAAAGUUCGCUCCACGACUUCAACCAGGAACUAUUCUACUCGCUGGCGAUGCAGUUCUGCAAUAAUCUCAAAUAUGUCGGCGUCCUCAAGCAGAUCUCCAAUGAGCACUUGGACGGCGGAUUCAGCCCGUAUGAGAUGUACCAAUGGACGCACACGGAACAGCCGACGACAUCACUGCCCCUGACUCCCGGGAAAUUGGAUGCAGUGGCAGCUUGGCCAUUUUCGAGUACCCCAUCUGGUCUACGAAACCUGGAGGCGAUCUCUUUGAGCAAUGCGUCAGGUGCUCUUGGAGUACCAGCAAUAGCAGCGACAGCAGCAUCAUCAGCAGCAGCCGUGGCAGGUGCAGAAACCACUUCGGUAUCGGAAAAUCAAAAUACCCUCCAGCAGAUUCUGAAAAAGCGCCUCCUGAACUGCACCACUUUGGCGGAGGUCCAUGCGGUGGUUAACGAACUGCUGAGCAGUGUGGAUGAACCACCGCGGCGACCAUCCAAAAGGUGUGUGAAUUUCACGGAUGUCCUGAACGGCAGCGAAUCGACCGUCUAUGAGUACAACAAGACGGACGUUAACCUGGCAAACGUCGUGGAUGCAGGUACCCAAACGGAAGUAGGAGAUUUCGGGGAAGAGCUUAUAAACUGCAAAGGAUCGUGCAAGUGCGGGGCCGCACAGAAUGAUAGUCAGGAUUCAAAGGGCAAAGCCAACAGUGAUACAGGCAGCCAGCAAUCGACAAUCCCACAACCGCCUCCACCGCCUCCCGCUCCACUGCACUUCAAACCACCCCCACCGCCACCGCCUCCACCGCCGCCCCCUUUUUCAUUAAACGCCCCACCUCCACCUCCACCACCACCACCACCCCCUUUCAUGAUGGCAGCUCCACCUCCGCCUCCCCCGCCGCCAGGAUGUGGCGCGGGACCGCCUCCACCUCCUCCAGCACCGGGUGCCUGCGGAAUCCCGCCCCCACCACCUCCUAUGGGCGCCUCGCCCUCCAAGUCGCUGAUCUCACCCGCCCCGCUUCCAGAUCCCGCCGAAGGGAAUUGGUUCCAUCGCACAAAUACAAUGCGCAAGAGUGCUGUUAACCCGCCAAAACCCAUGCGUCCUUUAUACUGGACCCGAAUCGUGACUAGUGCCCCGCCAGUCCCACGACCCCCGUCGGUGGCCAAUUCCACCGACAGUACAGACAAUAGUGGCAGCUCACCGGAAGAACCACCUGCGGUGGAAUCUACCCCCCCUCCCACCAAGGAAAUUUGGACGGAAAUCGAGGAAACCCCUCUGGACAAUAUCGACGAAUUUACGGAGCUGUUUUCCCGCCAGGCGAUGGCACCAGUCAGCCGGCCCAAGGAAGCCAAGGUCAAGAGGGCGAAAUCGAUUAAGGUCCUCGACCAGGAGAGGUCCCGCAAUGUGGGAAUCAUUUGGAGGAGCUUGCACGUCCCGUCCAGCGAAAUCGAGCAUGCAAUAUACCACAUAGAUACGUCAGUAGUCAGUUUGGAGGCACUGCAGACCAUUAGUAAUAUUCAGGGCACCGAUGCUGAACUGCAGAUGAUCAAGGAGGCCGCCGGAGGGGACAUACCCCUCGAUCAUCCUGAGCAGUUCCUGCUGGACAUAUCGUUGAUCUCGAUGGCCAAGGAGCGGAUCUCGUGCAUUGUCUUCCAGACCGAAUUUGAGGAGUCCCUCACUCUGUUGGUCCGCAAGCUGGAGACUAUUUCCCAGCUUUCCAAGCAGCUCAUCGAAAGUGAAGACCUCAAACUCGUGUUUUCCAUCAUUUUGACUCUUGGUAAUUAUAUGAACGGUGGCAACCGCCAGCGCGGCCAGGCCGAUGGCUUUAAUCUGGAUAUUCUCGGGAAGCUCAAGGAUGUCAAGUCCAAGGAUUCGCACACCACUUUGCUCCACUUCAUAGUGCGCACGUACAUUGAGCACAGGAGAAAGGAGGGAGUGCAUCUUUUGGAGAUCCGGCUGCCGAUCCCAGAGCCAGCGGACGUGGAGAGAGCGGCGCAGUUGGAUUUCGAUGUUGUGAACACACUCAUUGAUGAGCUCGACACUAAAUUCAAGGAACACAAGAGAACCACAGCCAAAGUUCUGGCCGCCUCGCGUCCGGAUAUCCAGGAGCCCUUUAAGUCCAAAAUGGAGGAGUUCAUUGCAGGAGCUCAAGAAUCAAUGGACAAGCUCAAGCAGCUCCUCCAGGAGUGCCGCGACUUGUUCAUGAAGACGAUGAAGUUUUAUCACUUUACACCAAAAACUGGUUCUGUGACACUGGAAAAGUGCACACCCGAUCAGUUUUUCGAGUACUGGACCAACUUCACUAACGAUUUUAAAGAUAUUUGGAAGAAGAUGAUCACAGAUCUCUUAAACGAAUUGAUGAAGAAGACUAAACAAAUCGAGUCCCGUAAAAACGUCUCCACGAAAGUAGAAAAGUCCGGUCGCAUUUCUUUGAAGGAGCGAAUGCUUAUGAGACGCAGCAAAAACUGAAUACCUAAUCUAAGAAACACCACGAUGAUAUAUUUUUUAAUUGUAGUUGCUUUUUAUUCACACUAUUGCUAAGCAAAUUUCUCGUUAUAUGGAUUUUUCUCCGCUAAUUUGUUAAGUUACAAAAUUGUAUACAAAAUUUGAAUUACUUAUGUAUGUAUAUGCAAGCGUGGCGCUAAAAAUAAAUUGUCCUCGUGCUGUUGUGAUCGUA